UAGACUUUCACUUUACUUUAGGUGUUUGAAGGAAGAGGAUAGUCGCUCCUGUUUUUCAUUUCAGCUUCUGAAACGACAAAAGAAGAAUUGAUCAAAAAUGAAGUUUGUUUUGUGUCUGGCAGCUCUGGCAGUUGUCUCCUGCUCUGACAACCCCAAAAUAACUCCACCUAAGGUUCAGGUGUACAGCCGUAACCCUGGAGAGUUCGGGAAGGAAAACACCCUGAUUUGCCAUGUGAGUGGCUUCCACCCCCCAAACAUCAACAUCCAGUUGCUGAAGGAUGGACAAGAAAUCCAAAAUGCCAAGCAGACUGACCUGGCCUUUAAACAGAAUUGGCACUUCCAUCUGACCAAGAACGUGGCCUUCACACCCAUGAAGGGACAAGAGUACAGCUGCAAGGUCACUCAUGGGACUGACAUGAAAACCUAUGCCUGGGACCCAAACAUGUAACUGCAGCUGACCUCAUCAGCAGCGUGUUCUUCACAUCUUCAAUCAACACGAUCACAGUUUCUCCCGGCAAUCUCACUAUUCUUUUCACAAAACCAAAUAUCGGCAUCAUUUUAAGGGGACUUAUCUUAAAUAUGUAAUAUAAGAGAAUGUGGGGGUGCAGGUCAUUUGCUUACAUUGUUAGUAUAGAUUACUUACAACAUGUUUUCCAGCCUUUUAAACUGAAAAUUGUGUGUUCAUAUUAAACUUGUGAUACUCUGCUUCUGUUUUUUCAGCAUGUAAUAUGUGUUACUGUACCUUUUUAGUUAAUUAUGGAUGCACGAUACAGAUUUCUUUUUAGAUGAUACAAUAACUGAUAAUUACCUGCUUCUCAUGGCCGAUACUAAUAAGAUAAUGAUAAUUUCAAACUUUUACAUAUGUGACAAGAAAGGCUAGGAUGUAGUGUGCAAAGACAGAUGAUUUAAUACUCCAUAGCUCUGUUCUAAACAAAUAUAAAUUACAUCACUAUUGUUAAAACAACAAAAACAAACAGCAAUUAACAAUAAAUUAUUUUGCUGGACUAAUAAUUCAUAGGGUUUAAUUAUCUUGCUAAUUCAUACUAAUAUAAUUAUUAUUAUUGGCUGAGAAUUACUGUGCAUCCCUAGUCUUAAUGACAAACUCUAAAUGAGGCGCUAAAAUGUUAAUUGGUCAGAUUAGACAUCUGGAUUAGAUGAAAGUUUUGUACAAUUGUGUUAUUUAAGGUUUUGUUAAUAACCUGAUAUAAAUAAAUGCCUCUUUAAAUUUC